CUCUAACACAAACAAUCCAAUGUACAUCAUCUAUUUCUAUCUAUCUAGUAAUAUCUAACUGCAUACUUUGUGCAGCUUCAGGUGCCUUUAACAGCACUUAACAACAUCUCGUCCAACAGCUCGUGGCUCACUGCGACUCAUCCAGUAACCACUCUGUAAUCUCUCAAUCACAAUGAUUUUCGUAAAGCAUAUAGCAUGGCUUGCCUUUGCAGCUCCAAUAUCUUUAGCUUCUCAGAUUCCCAUGCAAGAUACCCCGCAACCUGAAGGGUUCCAAGUCUUCCAGAGCCAAUUCUCAGAACAUCACUCCAUCCGGAUACAAGAGCAACAGAGCGAAAAGCUAUGCGAUGCACACUCCAAGCAGUAUACCGGGUGGCUUGAUGUCGGUCCUAAACAUCUCUUCUUCUGGUUCUACGAAUCACAAUCCUCGCCUUCGGAGGAUCCAUUGGUUCUAUGGCUUACCGGUGGACCGGGAGGUUCGUCCAUGAUCGGUUCCCUGCAGGAAUUGGGACCUUGUCUCAUCAAUGAGCACGGCAAUGGAACCGUUUAUAAUGAGUACGGCUGGAGUAAAAAUGCGAAUAUCAUUUUUGUGGAUCAACCCGCUGGCGUCGGAUUUUCGUACCUCGAUGAGGACACACCACUUCCGGACAACAGUUUCACGGCUGCUGAGGACUUGCAUCAUUUCCUACAGUUGUUCGUGAGCGAAAUCUUCCCAAAGUUGAAGGAUCGAGAUUUCCAUAUCACUGGAGAAAGCUAUGCAGGUCACUAUGUGCCAACACUCGGCGCCCAAAUUGUCGCUCAAAACGCUCUGUAUCCCAAGCGUCCCCAAGUGAACCUACAAUCAAUCUUUGUUGGCAAUGGUUAUGUCUCUCCCAUGGACACUGCCUUCGGUUACUGGGAAACACUUUGCUCGACCAACCCUGGUGUUAAGUCGCCCAUCUUCAACCAAACUCGAUGUGACAUCAUGGCAGCCAACCUACCCCGUUGCAUGGACCUCGCCCGCCUUUGCUAUUCCCACCCUGACCCAGCUAUAUGUAUCGUCGCAGAAUCUGUGUGCUGGGAUGGCGUUAUUGUACAUUACGACGGCGAGUCAGGGGCCGGAGGACGUAAUCGAUUCAACAUUGAGGAACCCUGCUACACCAAAGACGAUCUAUGCUACCCAGAAUACCCAAGAAUCCAGGAAUACCUGAAUCUCCCGUGGGUAUGGGAUGCUCUCCACGUUCCAAGCGCGGUUAAAAACUACACUAUUUUAUCUGAGGAAAUCGCGAUUGCCUUCUCCCUCACCAACGAUGGAGGUAUCAGCACACAACCCCAGGUCCUGUAUCUCCUAGAGAAUGGCAUCGAUGUUCUCUUCUACCAGGGCAACCUAGACCUCGCCUGUAACACGGCAGGAAACCUCCAGUGGGCAAAUACCAUGCCCUGGAAGGGCCAGCCAGCGUUUGUGGCUCAAUCUAAGAGGGUUUGGAAGGACGGCGAUGAGGAGGUGGGCUGGUUCAAGGAGGUGAAGACGAGUGUUAAGGAGAACGAGGAGGAAGUCACAUUUGCAUUUGCAACGGUGAAUGGCGCAGGACAUAUGGUACCGUAUGAUAAACCUAAGCAGGCUUUAGCUUUGGUUGAUAGGUGGUUGAAUAAGAGGAGCUACGCUUAAGCUAUUCUGUUUGAUAAUGGUUCAAACAAUUAGAUAACCAUUUAUUUUGGGAUGUAGAGUCUAAUACAACUAGUAUUUUACUCCGCAUUCUCUGGUUGACCCUGGUGUUGUUGGCUUUCAAUGAUUUUGAUGAUGUUUUCAUU